AUGACAGAGGCGCUACGGUUACUCCGCUCUCUUGACCUACCAGCAACGGCGGCGCUGGGGGCCAACAACAACACUCUGCAACCGUCUGCCGUGCACUCGGUAACCAUCCAGGACAUGGAGGGGCGCCUGCCACCGCUGGCGCUACAAAUCUUACGGGAGGAGCAGCAAACCCCGUCCCAAGACCCGCUGCAACGUGCCCUGUCUCUGGAGUCGCGUGCCAAUACGGAGGGGGAGGGGUGGCAGCUCACUGCUGAUGACGAGCUGACUUUGGCUGUGCUCAAGCUCAUGCAAUCACUGGGGUCCACUUAUGUUGCCACAUGCCGCACCGCCGCACCUCGCUACGCCGCACCGCGCUGCGCUACGGUCACCGUGCACACCGACUCUGAGGAGCAGCUGGAGAAAGCUGGAAACACCCAGCACCUCUGUAUCUUCCCUUCUCAUCCCCCUUCUCCCCUUCCGCCCCCACUCCCCCCCCCCCCCCACCUCGUCACUGCUCCCUUCUUCCACCAGCAUCGCAAGGUGCUGGUGUCUGCGGCUCAGUCGGCGCUCUCAGCUUUAAAAGAAGCAGUCGAGGCGGAUGCAGCAAGCAGCGGCACCAGCAACAGCCACAUGCGGCACGGCGCGACAGUCACCGUGCAGACCGAGUCAGAGAAACAGCUGGAGAAGCUCCGAAAGAAAGAGGACAAGAAAAUUGCUCGUGCCGCCGCGAAAACUGGAGGAGGCGGGGGAGUGGGGGGAGGAGCGGGGAGAGGGGGGGUAGAGGGGGAGCUAGCAUGGUUGCUAGGCGCAGGGGGGUUUUCAGCACUGGUGGAGGCUGGGGAGAAUAAAGUCGGAGGGGUGAUUGAUGCUCUGAUUGGUACAGGGGAUGAUGCUGUACCUGUGAGGGCGCUGCCUGUGGGGACUAAGAGGAAGGCUUAUAAGGGGUAUGAGGAGGUGCAUGUGCCGCCGGCUGUGGCGGAGGGGGGCGCGGGGAGGGCACAGGAGAAGCUGGUGAGGGUGGGGGAGAUGGAGCCGUUCGCUCAGAAGGCGUUUGAGGGGUUUCAGACUCUCAACCGUAUUCAGAGCCGCAUCUACCAGCGUGCUUUCUACUCCAAUGAGAAUCUUCUGGUGUGUGCGCCAACCGGAGCAGGCAAGACCAACAUUGCGAUGAUCACAGUUCUGCAUGAGGUCGGAGCCAAUUUCAAGAACGGGGUGCUGCAGAAGAAUGACUUCAAGAUCGUUUAUGUGGCUCCCAUGAAGGCGCUAGCAGCAGAGAUGGCAGCAGCGUUUGGGAGGCGGCUGGCCCCUCUGGGGCUGGCGGUGCGAGAGCUGACUGGCGACAUGCAGCUGACCAAGAGGGAGAUGGAAGAGACGCAGAUGAUCGUGAUGACACCCGAGAAGUGGGAUGUGAUCACGAGAAAGAGCUCAGAUGUGUUGAUGGCGUCGCUGGUGCGCCUACUGGUGAUCGACGAGGUGCAUCUGUUGAAUGACGACCGAGGACCCGUGAUUGAGACCCUGGUGGCGCGCACCUUGAGACAGGUGGAAAGCUCGCAGAGCAUGAUUCGCAUCGUGGGCCUCUCGGCAACGCUGCCCAACUACACAGAGGUGGCACAAUUCCUGCGGGUCAACCUCGACACGGGUCUAUUCUAUUUCGACGCCUCCUACCGCCCCGUGCCGCUCUCCCAGCAGUACAUCGGCGUCUCCGAACCCAACUUCGCCCGCCGCAACACCCUCAUGCACGAGAUUGCGUAUGAGAAGGUGUGUUUGGAGUUGACUCAAGGUGUGUCUAGGGCUGGUUCAAAGCUCUCACAGCAGUACAUUGGGGUCUCUGAACCCAACUUUGCUCGCCGCAACACCCUCAUGCACGAGAUUGCGUAUGAGAAGGUGUGUUUUGAGUUGACUCAAGGUGUGUCUAGGGCUGGUUCAAAGCUCUCACAGCAGUACAUUGGGGUCUCUGAACCCAACUUUGCUCGCCGCGACACCCUCAUGCACGAGAUUGCGUAUGAGAAGGUGUGUUUGGAGUUGACUCAAGGUGUGUCUAGGGCUGGUUCAAAGCUCUCACAGCAGUACAUUGGGGCCUCUGAACCCAACUUUUCUCGCCGCAACACCCUCAUGCACGAGAUUGCGUAUGAGAAGUUGACUCAAGGUGUGUCUAGGGCUGGUUCAAAGCUCUCACAGCAGUACAUUGGGGUCUCUGAACCCAACUUUGCUCGCCGCAACACCCUCAUGCAUGAGAUUGCGUAUGAGAAGGUGUGUUUGGAGUUGACUCAAGGUGUGUCUAGGGCUGGUUCAAAGCUCUCACAGCAGUACAUUGGGGUCUCUGAACCCAACUUUGCUCGCCGCAACACCCUCAUGCACGAGAUUGCGUAUGAGAAGGUGUGUUUUGAGUUGACUCAAGGUGUGUCUAGGGCUGGUUCAAAGCUCUCACAGCAGUACAUUGGGGUCUCUGAACCCAACUUUGCUCGCCGCGACACCCUCAUGCACGAGAUUGCGUAUGAGAAGGUGUGUUUGGAGUUGACUCAAGGUGUGUCUAGGGCUGGUUCAAAGCUCUCACAGCAGUACAUUGGGGUCUCUGAACCCAACUUUGCUCGCCGCGACACCCUCAUGCACGAGAUUGCGUAUGAGAAGGUGUGUUUGGAGUUGACUCAAGGUGUGUCUAGGGCUGGUUCAAAGCUCUCACAGCAGUACAUUGGGGUCUCUGAACCCAACUUUGCUCGCCGCGACACCCUCAUGCACGAGAUUGCGUAUGAGAAGGUGUGUUUGGAGUUGACUCAAGGUGUGUCUAGGGCUGGUUCAAAGCUCUCACAGCAGUACAUUGGGGUCUCUGAACCCAACUUUGCUCGCCGCGACACCCUCAUGCACGAGAUUGCGUAUGAGAAGGUGUGUUUUGAGUUGACUCAAGGUGUGUCUAGGGCUGGUUCAAAGCUCUCACAGCAGUACAUUGGGGUCUCUGAACCCAACUUUGCUCGCCGCGACACCCUCAUGCACGAGAUUGCGUAUGAGAAGGUGUGUUUUGAGUUGACUCAAGGUGUGUCUAGGGCUGGUUCAAAGCUCUCACAGCAGUACAUUGGGGUCUCUGAACCCAACUUUGCUCGCCGCGACACCCUCAUGCACGAGAUUGCGUAUGAGAAGGUGGGUGGGUAA